UAGCAUUGGGAGGAUGAUCUCAUUUCAGCGUUGAUUUCAGUCCUAGUGGAUUCUUUUCGUACUUAAAUUCCAGGAUCAAAUGGCGGGGUGUGAUUGAGAGAGAGGCGCGGUGGGUCAGGGAGAGCAGAAGAUACCCUACCCCAUCUCUGAACUUGAGCUUCUUCAGCCAUAAAAUUCACCAAAAUAAGCUUGUUUCUAACUUUGCAUGCAGCUUAAAAGAGAACUUGAGAGUUUCUUCUGGGUUUAAUUUGUUGUUGAGGCGUCUUGAAUUCUCUGCAGCACUAGGGGUUGGUUCAAUGGAGAGUGGUGGUGACAUUUACAGAGUCGGCAGUGCGCGUUCGAGCAGUUCCAACAUAUGGAGGAACAGCACCAGAGAAGUUUUUUCCAAGUCUUCUCGCGAAGAAGAUGAUGAAGAAGCCCUGAAAUGGGCUGCCAUUGAGAAACUCCCAACUUAUCUGCGUAUCAGGCGAGGUAUACUGACUGAAGAAGAAGGCAAAGCACGAGAAAUUGAUAUAAAGAAUCUUGGAUUGCCGGAGAAAAAGAACUUGCUGGAGAGGCUUUUGAAAAUUGCAGAGGAAGAUAAUGAGAAGUUCUUGUUGAAGCUCAAAGACCGCAUUGAACGAGUUGGACUUGAUCUCCCCACCAUUGAAGUCCGAUUCGAGCAUUUAAGUGUUGAUGCAGCAGCCUAUGUUGGAGGCAGAGCGCUACCUACAGUGUUCAACUUCUCUGUUAAUAUGCUAGAGGGAUUCUUGAAUUUUCUUCACAUUCUUCCCAACAGAAAGAAGCCAUUUCCAAUCCUUCACGAUGUUAGUGGAAUCAUCAAACCUGGCAGAAUGACUCUGCUUUUAGGCCCUCCAAGCUCCGGAAAGACCACACUGCUCCUGGCUUUAGCUGGAAAACUGAGUUCAGAUCUGGAAUUUUCUGGUAGAGUUACGUACAAUGGCCACGGCAUGACUGAGUUUGUUCCUCAGAGGACGUCAGCUUAUAUUAGUCAAUAUGAUCUUCAUAUAGGAGAGAUGACAGUAAGAGAAACAUUAGCAUUCUCAGCUAGAUGCCAAGGGGUUGGACCCGGUUAUGAGAUGUUGGCAGAGUUGUCGAGAAGAGAGAAAGCAGCAAACAUUAAGCCAGAUCCUGAUAUUGAUGUCUACAUGAAGGCAGCAGCACUAGAAGGGCAAGAGACUAGUGUAGUUACUGAUUAUAUACUCAAGAUUUUGGGACUUGAAGUUUGUGCUGAUACCAUGGUGGGGGAUGAAAUGGUGCGCGGUAUCUCUGGCGGACAAAAAAAACGAGUCACAACAGGGGAGAUGCUUGUCGGACCCGCAAGAGCACUUUUCAUGGAUGAGGUAUCAACUGGUUUGGACAGCUCAACAACUUUCCAGAUAGUGAAUUCACUCAGGCAAUCAAUUCAUGUUCUCAAGGGAACUUGUGUCAUCUCUCUCCUCCAACCAGCACCAGAAACUUAUGACCUUUUUGAUGACAUAAUUCUUCUCUCAGAUGGACAAAUAGUGUAUCAAGGACCCCGUGAAAAUGUGCUUGAGUUCUUUGAAUACAUGGGCUUCAAAUGCCCUGAGAGAAAAGGAGUUGCCGACUUCUUACAGGAGGUGACGUCGAGGAAAGAUCAAGAGCAGUACUGGGCUCGCAGAGACGAGCCUUGCACUUUCAUUACUGUCAAGGAAUUUGCAGAAGCAUUUCAGUCAUUUCACAUUGGUCGAAAUCUAGGUGAUGAGCUUGCCAUUCCUUUUGACAAGGCCAAAAGCCAUGCUGCUGCUUUAACUACUAAGAAGUACGGUGUUGCCAAAAAGGAACUUCUAAAAGCCUGCAUAUCAAGAGAACUGCUGCUUAUGAAGAGGAACUCAUUUGUCUACGUAUUCAAGAUGACCCAACUCAUUCUUAUGGCUUUCAUAACGAUGACCUUAUUCAUGCGAACCGAAAUGCACCGAGACACUGUAACAGAUGGUGGGGUAUUUAUGGGUGCUUUGUUUUUCAUACUCAUUAUGAUAAUGUUCAAUGGAUUCUCAGAGCUUGCCAUGACGAUCAUGAAGCUUCCUGUGUUUUACAAGCAAAGGGAUCUUCUCUUCUAUCCGUCAUGGGCAUACUCCCUGCCCACUUGGAUCCUCAAGAUCCCAAUAGCAUUUAUAGAAGUUGCCAUUUGGGUGGUAAUGACUUAUUAUGUCAUAGGAUUUGAUCCAAACAUCAAAAGGUUUCUCAAACAAUUUAUUCUACUCCUAUGUAUUAACCAAAUGGCAUCUGGCCUUUUCCGAUUCAUGGGGGCAUUAGGAAGGAACAUUAUUGUGGCAAACACAUUUGGUUCAUUCGCAUUACUCGCAGUUUUGGUUAUGGGUGGAUUUAUUUUGUCAAGAGUUGAUGUGAAAGCAUGGUGGAAGUGGGGUUAUUGGAUCUCCCCUAUGAUGUACGGGCAGAAUGCUAUUGCUGUGAAUGAAUUCCUUGGCAAUAGUUGGAGACAUGUUCCUCCUAAUUCAACCGAGCCAUUAGGAGUACAAGUAUUGAAAUCUCGUGGGGUUUUCCCACAGGCACAUUGGUAUUGGCUUGGAGUAGGAGCUUUGAUUGGCUAUAUUUUCAUAUUCAAUUUCCUUUUCACAGUGGCUCUCUCUUAUCUCGAUCCACUUGGCAAGCCUCAGGCCAUUAUAUCUGAAGAAAUCUUGAAUGAGAAGAUUGCAAACAAAACUGGAGAAAUCAUUGAGCUGUCAUCACAAGGAAAGAGCUCUUCUGAAAGAGCUGAAAGCCAAAGAAGUGUAUCUUCCAGAUCAUUUUAUUCAAUAGUAGGCUCAAUUAACGAAGCUAUCCGCAAUAGGAAACGGGGAAUGGUCCUUCCUUUUGAGCCCCUUUCCAUCUCCUUUGAUGAAAUCAGAUAUGCUGUAGACAUGCCAGAGGAAAUGAAAGUACAAGGUGUUAGUGAGGACAGGCUAGAACUCUUGAGGGGCGUAAGUGGUGCGUUCAGGCCUGGUGUCCUUACAGCUUUAAUGGGUAUUAGUGGUGCUGGCAAGACCACUCUGAUGGAUGUGUUAGCUGGAAGAAAAACAGGCGGAUACAUUGAGGGAAGCAUCAUGAUAUCCGGUUACCCAAAGAAGCAAGAAACAUUUGCUCGCAUAUCAGGCUAUUGUGAGCAAACCGACAUCCACUCUCCGUAUGUUACAGUCUAUGAGUCCUUGCUGUUUUCUGCCUGGCUUCGGUUAUCUCCUGAAGUUGACUCGGAAACUAGAAAGAUGUUCAUUGAAGAGGUCAUGGAGCUUGUGGAGCUGACUUCAUUGAGGGAAGCACUAGUUGGAUUGCCUGGUGUUAGUGGUCUCUCAACGGAGCAGCGCAAGAGGCUCACCAUCGCCGUAGAGCUUGUUGCCAACCCAUCUAUAAUAUUCAUGGAUGAGCCAACCUCUGGGCUUGAUGCUAGGGCAGCAGCAAUAGUGAUGAGGACAGUGAGGAACACAGUAGACACUGGACGAACAGUAGUGUGCACCAUCCACCAGCCAAGCAUCGAUAUAUUUGACGCAUUUGAUGAGCUAUUUCUUAUGAAACGAGGAGGAGAAGAGAUAUAUGUUGGACCGUUAGGCCGCCAUUCUUGUCAUCUAAUUAAGUACUUUGGGGAGAUCGAUGGAGUCAGUAAAAUCAAAGAUGGUUAUAAUCCAGCAACGUGGAUGUUGGAGGUGACUUCAGCAGCACAAGAAGCUGUUCUUGGGGUUAAUUUCACUGAAAUCUACAAGAACUCAGAACUGUAUAGGAGGAACAAAGCAUUGAUUAAAGAACUUAGCAGACCUCUCCCUGGUUCAAAAGAUCUAUACUUCCCUACUCAAUACUCGCAGUCUUUCUUCACUCAGUGGAAGGCUUGCCUAUGGAAACAGCACUGGUCAUAUUGGCGAAACCCUCCGUACACUGCAGUAAGGCUCUUAUUCACAACUUUCAUAGCUCUGAUGUUUGGGACGAUAUUUUGGGAUAUUGGCUCCAAAAGGAUUAGGAAGCAGGAUCUAUUUAAUGCGAUGGGUUCUAUGUAUGCUGCUGUUCUCUUCAUUGGGGUACAAAAUGCCACAUCUGUGCAGCCAGUUGUGGCUAUUGAGAGAACAGUCUUUUACAGAGAAAGAGCAGCCGGAAUGUUUUCAGCUUUGCCAUAUGCCUUCGGACAGGUUGUGAUUGAGUUGCCACACAUUCUCAUUCAGACUGCCAUCUAUGGAAUCAUAGUAUAUGCCAUGAUAGGAUUUGACUGGACAAUUAGCAAGCUCUUUUGGUAUCUCUUUUUCAUGUACUUUACCUUCCUAUACUUCACAUUCUAUGGAAUGAUGACCGUAGCUGUUACUCCCAACCACAACAUUGCUGCCAUAGUUUCUUCUGCCUUCUAUGCUAUAUGGAACCUUUUCUCGGGAUUUAUCGUUCCACGACCAAGAAUCCCUGUGUGGUGGAGAUGGUACUAUUGGAUAUGCCCCAUCUCUUGGACUUUGUAUGGACUGGCUGCUUCACAGUUUGGAGACUACACAGACAAGCUAGACUCCGGCGAAACUGUGGAAGACUUUCUGAGGAGUUAUUUUGGAUUCAGACACGACUUAGUCGGAGUCGUUGCAAUCGUCAUAUUUGGGAUAACUGUUCUCUUUGGAUUCAUCUUUGCCUUCUCAAUAAGAGCAUUCAACUUCCAGAAAAGAUGAGAAUGUACACUCAUGGAUAAAAACAGAAUUCUCGUCAUUAAUUUUAUCAGCUUCUCUUCCAAAGAUAUUAGAUGAAUAUGAGAGUUUUUCCCAUGUAUUUAUACUAGGUGUACUUAAGUAGUUAAGCUUCAAAAAAAAAAAUUAUAGAUCCACAAGACUCUGUAAUGUAUACCACUUGUAUGUAUUAACUAUCAUUGUCAAAUUGAAGAAGAUGAAAUUUUCUUUCCAA